AUGCGAGGUGCAUUUUACGUGGCCACUGCUAUCCUCAUCGCGAGUAGCAUUCGCACAGCUGCUGAAUCUGUCCAGAUCAAGUCUGAUAUAACGCAAUACCAUGACAAGUUGCCAGUCAGUGAUUCUGACACAAAGACGUUGCCCAGAAGAUCUCUUAGAGGGAGCGGAGAUCAACUGGAAUCUCCAGUGGCUGGAGAAGAGCGCGUCACUUCACCUGGAGUACUCAAGGGUGCAGGGAACGAUGUGUCUGAGGCAAUCUUGUGGUUAAAUAAAUUCAAGAUGAAAAGUGUUAGUGGCUUGAACAAUAUGAUUUCCUUCGGAGAACAUGUUGGCUCUUCCGGCACCAAGAAUUAUGAAGACGCUGUUGCAAAAUUCCAGCAAGUCAAGGUCGAUUAUAAAAACGCAAUCAAAAAGUUGAAAGCUUUAGAACUCAGAAGUGCUGAAGCUACUAAGCAGAAGAGAAACAACCGGAUACUCAACGAACAACAUUCCGCGCAAGCUAAUGCAUGGAGCCAAAAAGCCCACUUUUAUCGCAUUGACUUUGUCAACCACGAUAAUGAGGUCGACAACGCCGCUAACAUCGCCAUAGACGCCAAAACCAAACUAGACCAACUUUUAGCGGAAGCCGAAAAAGUCAAACAACUCGUCAAUGUUUUCUACCUCGCUGGAAGAACUGAUGCAGUUCAAGACAUUCAAGUCUACCAGGCUGACCUACUCAACGCCGCCGCCACAGCUAAUAAAGAUUUUGAAUCAGCUUUGGUGACAGCUAUUCUUCACCAUUUUGCUCGCGACAACAUUCACCAAUUCAUUAUUACAGCUACACAAGCGGAAAAGAUGCAUCGUGAUUACGCUGAGCUAUACAAGAACGCUGCCAAUGAAGCUUUGAAAAAGUCAAAAAUGUACAAAACUGAGGUUGAACAAGCCGCUCGAGCCGUCUCAACUGCCAAAUCCAAACUAGGCGCAGCCGUCUCAACUGCCAAAACCAAACCAGGCGCUCAAGCCGAGAAAAUCGCUUUCGUGCCUCCAGAGUUCGAAGCUGCUCAAGCCGGUAAAAGGUCUAAACUCGACCUAAAUGUCAAAGCUACCCUGGCCGAGAAACGCACUCACGCUACCCAAGGUCAAGCCGCCUCUCCUGCUCAUUUUGCUAUCGACAGUCAUGAUAUUCCAGCAACUGAAGAGCUGGAGUUGACUUUGAGCCUUCCCAACCCCACAAACCAAGGGACGAAACUCAAGAGAAAAAGAAAACAAGACCAAUUGGAUGACAAUCGUGAAGGUGGUUCAAGAAUCGUCAACGACCUUCAUCCUGCUAUCGCACAGCCUGCAAGAAAUACCUUUCCUGACGUAAACUAUGAUCCAAUCGUGUCGAAAGGUAAACAAACGCUUUGA